AACUGAUAACCGCACAAAUCGAGCAGCCUUCAGGGUGUGUGGGCCUGGCGUGCUCCUGUUCCAUAGAUUUACAUCCCAUCAGGUGAGCUGGUGGGCUACGGGAACGUCUCCUUCUCCAGGGGCGCAACCAGGCGUGAUACUCCGGCGUGAUGGCCCGACCGAGCGCACCGCACAAGCGAGAUGCCCCACCAGCACCACUACCAUCGUGUUGAUCCGUUCAAGGAUCCGUCCGGCCGACGAGUGGUCAAGCGCCAGCCCGUGGCUUGGCGUCGGUUUUCGUUUUUCGUGUUAUUUCGUGGUCCAAGAGGUGCGCCAAAGCGAUCAUCGCUGAUGAUGAUGACGAUGAUGCGUUCGUAUAAAAUGCAGGCUCGGGUGUUUGGACCGAAUCAGUCCGCUCGUCCACGUCGCCUCGUCCGCAGUUGUCGUUCUGCAACAACAACGUGUUGUGUUUAUUGUGGAAAAGUUUGUGUUCGUGUGUGUGUGUGUGUGUGUGAGAGAUUGUUCUGUAGCUUUCUCUGCAGUCAGAAAGGAUGAAACUGUUCCGAAGCGCCAGCAGUGCCCUGCUGUUUGUCCUGAUCGUUGGCCUCGCCUGGAGUCAACAGCUCGAGCAGGAGGAUGAAACGAACGAUCUGGAGACAGCGGAAUCGGCUUUCCACAUCGAUCCGAAGACUGUAAUCUUCACGGGACUGGCCGGAAUCGGUGCACUGGUCGUGAAAGGCGUUGGCCUAGGGAAGCUACUGUUGCUGGCCAAGGCUGGCAGUAGCUUCGGCAACAGCCACAGCUCGUCCAGCAGCUGGGACAGUUCCUCUUCUUCCUCUUCCCAUCCUUCCUAUCCUUCGUACAAGUCGUACUCGAGCAGCUACUCCUCGGAUGAGCCCAAGUCCACCUCCUACUCGGGCUCGCUCAAAGUGACCGGUUCGCUGUCGCCGGUGCACUAGCGCGCGGGCACAGGUGUGGCGCCGGCGAACGGUUUCGCGGUUUGCUGGUUGGAGAGCAGCGGAAGGACAGCUCCUGUAAUUUACACCUAAGAUUAGGCAUCGCGCGCUAGGGCGAUCUAUGGGAUUGCAUAUAGAUGGUACGAUCGUAAUGGCACAGAGCAUAUAGUAAAACUCGUUACCGUAAAUUAUAAGUCACCAUCACCAACGAACCGUA